CCUACCCGGCUUCCCGAGCUGAGCUUCAGUGUGUGUGCACGGGGUGGGAGGGGGUUACUAGCAGAAAACAAUGUUAGACGUUUAGACCUCCGCUUUUCUUUUGCCUGGCCAUUUCUCCUUCGCUGCAGCCCGAUCUCCGUAAGCAGCAAGAAGGGAGCUGUAAUAGCAGCCUGGUGAGACUAGAACUGCGGCUUUUACCCCGAGAACUUGGACGUCUAGACAACCGUCAGAACCAUGGACAGCAAUACCUUUUCAGCCAAUUCCAGUGGCUGUUCUGAUCCCUUAUCUCCCACCUCCAGUUGCUCCCCAACACCGCUGUCUGGUGCCUGGAUGAAUUUGUCCCGCCUAGAUGGUAACCUGUCCGACCCAUGCAGUGGUCCCAACGGCUCUCAGGCAGGGGCCGGGGGUCUAUGUCCAAGGAGUGGAAGUCCUUCCAUGGUCACCGCCAUCACUAUCAUGGCCCUUUAUUCAAUCGUGUGUGUUGUGGGACUCUUCGGAAACUUCCUCGUGAUGUACGUGAUUAUCAGAUACACCAAGAUGAAAACAGCUACCAACAUCUACAUUUUCAAUCUAGCCCUGGCAGAUGCCCUAGCAACCAGUACGCUUCCUUUCCAAAGUGUUAACUACUUGAUGGGUACCUGGCCCUUUGGCACCAUUCUCUGCAAGAUUGUGAUCUCCAUAGACUACUACAACAUGUUCACCAGCAUCUUUACUCUCUGCACCAUGAGUGUCGAUCGCUACAUAGCUGUCUGCCACCCAGUGAAGGCCCUGGAUUUCCGUACUCCUCGAAAUGCCAAAAUUGUCAAUGUCUGCAAUUGGAUACUUUCCUCAGCCAUAGGUCUGCCAGUAAUGUUUAUGGCAACCACAAAAACUAGGCAAGGUUCUAUUGAUUGUACACUCACAUUUUCCCAUCCAACUUGGUACUGGGAAAAUCUGCUGAAGAUAUGUGUUUUCAUAUUUGCCUUCAUCAUGCCUGUCCUCAUCAUUACCGUGUGCUAUGGCCUGAUGAUCUUACGUCUCAAGAGUGUCCGCAUGCUGUCUGGCUCCAAAGAGAAGGACAGAAACCUGAGGAGAAUCACCAGAAUGGUAUUGGUAGUGGUGGCUGUGUUCAUAGUCUGCUGGACCCCCAUUCACAUUUAUGUCAUCAUCAAAGCCUUGGUCACCAUCCCUGAAACUACUUUCCAAACUGUUUCCUGGCACUUCUGCAUUGCUCUAGGGUAUACAAACAGCUGCCUUAAUCCUGUCCUUUAUGCAUUCCUGGAUGAAAAUUUCAAGAGAUGUUUCCGAGAAUUCUGCAUUCCCACUUCCUCUACCAUGGAGCAACAAAACUCAACUCGAAUUCGCCACAACACUCGGGACCACCCCUCCACAGCCAACACUGUUGAUAGGACUAAUCAUCAGCUUGAAAACUUGGAAGCUGAAACCGCACCACUGCCAUAACAAGGUCUCCUGAUCCAGCUCAAAACAGUUGGACACCAGCACCACUGUCUGAGCAGGUUGCCACAAGAAUGCCUGGAAGAGAAAUGCCUGCUUCCAAAGGCAUCAGACUUCUGUUGCUAUCUGACGACUCUUCUUUGUGCAUCUGAAGGGUAUUCAACCUAUGGCAAGGAAUCAGAAGGAAGGGGGACAGCCUAUGCAGACUUGUAUGAAAGCAUAAAUAGUCUUGAGAAUAAACCCAUCAGGGCCAAACCAUGCUGUAGGAUGUGAAUUAUGGUCAUCUCAGCAGAUGACUAAUUUCUGUAUAUAGUCUUUAGUUUUCAUAGAAAUAUGUAUGACCACAUCAAUGAAAAUGUCAUUUGUUAGUGUAUCCCCCACAGUAAGGUGUAAGGUAAAAGCUACCUCUGAGCAUCAAAGUACCUUUUUAUAGAAAGGCCAGAUCUCACUAGUGUUUGGUGAACAAAUAUAUAUAUAUAUACAUAUAUACAUAUUUUAAGUCUUUAAUACUGACUGAGGAUGGACUUUUGGUUAGUAUCAAGAUUUAUUUUUGUUUGGUUUUUUUUUUACUCUAUUACAUUGAUGUUGCUUCUCCUCACUCAAAAACCCCCAGAGCAUAGCUUUGUGAUUGCACCAGGGGGAAAAGAGCACAUGAAUUGCAAUCUGGAAAAGCACAGUAUAAGCAGCAAAAAAGGUAAAUCCCUGGGUGCUUUCAAAGUAUUCAUCUUUUUUCUAAAAGCUAUAAUGGGGAUUUUUCCAUUCUUUCCCUUAUGGAAGUUUUGCUUCCACUCCCAGUUGUGUAAUCAUCUCUCUCCCAUGGAAGUAUACUCAAAAGGCCUCUCAUCAAGCUUAUCACUUCAUCUGUUAAUGCAACCAACCAUUACAAUACAUUUUUCAUUUCAGCAUUAUUUCUCUGAAUUGUUUCUUGCAUACAUUAUUUUCUCUUUGUUUUUUAACCCAGCUCAGAAUAUUUAUGCCUUUAUGUUAUGUGUUAUGAAAUGAUGGUAUCUCUCCAAAAUUGUGCAUUGGCUUGCCAGAGCACUUUAUGUUGGUUUGUUUUUUUUUAAUGAGUACUGAUCAGUUAGGGUUCAAGAUAAAAAACUCUGCUAAUUCCAGAGACAAUCAGUGAUUCACCAGGUCACAUCUCAGUAGAUACCAGACUAUUGAAUCAUGACUACCAUGGGAUUAAAUGCAAGAUCUGGUAACCAGAGACAGUGCCACAAAGGUCAUGCUCUGUAAAAUAAUGUGAUGUUUUGGUUUCCUUGAUCUUUAGUGUGUUUCAUAUCUCGCUUUGGAAAAUAUCAUUAUAUAUGUAGAAAUUCUAAAAGCAUUGCCUUCUUGGACUCCUUCUACACAGCACAAGGCCAAGUAGAGACUUGGCAAUUGCCCAUUUUGCUCAAUCUCCAUAUCCAUCCAAAUCAUAUCAUUUCUGCCAAAAGAUAAUCCACAUUGGAACCUUUGUCAACAUUAAUCAAAUGGACCAGAUAAAUCCUAGCUGUAUCAGAAGACAGUUCCUGAGGGAAUAAUGCUGGCUUACUUCCCUGCAGAAAUUGUUCAGAGGCGAAAGUCCAGGUAAAGUCAUUGCCUCUGUCUGGAUACAUGUCAACAACCUGGACCAAUGCUCUCUUGAGAUUAUCAGAUGUAGUCUCUUUUAUUGAAUGUGACUGAUCUAAUAAGUCUUGGCCACAGAGUUGGAGUCUAGACCUAUUGGUUUCAUAAAAACAAUGGCCGUGAAUUUGAUGAUCUCAGGUCUGGUUGGCCAUUUGUGUAAAUUCAUGUUCAUAGAUGAUGAAAGUGUAUAGUAGGUAAUGACAAGCCAAGUCCAGAUGUGUGCCUUAAUGAUUCCUUUUGAUAAGAAUUCUGUUGCCACUUUUGCUCCCUAAAUUACACGGAGCAAGAUCAGUGGCCUAGGAUCCCUCAAUAUGGCUAGUCUGGAAUAGAAAUAUUUUCUCUUCAGUGUUUUCAUUUUAACUACCAGAGUAAUUCAAAGCCUGACUUUUAAAAAGAGACUAGAAAAAAUGUAUAUACAAGUAUGUAUGUGUACAUACAUACAUGUAUAUUGCACACAAGCAACUAUAUUUUAGGGCAUCCAGUAGUUUCACUAAAGAAACCUAAAUUGUACUGAUGUCAAUGCUUCAAGAACCUGGAAUUUCAUUGAUGUAGACAUUCCUUCCACUGAUACUGGUCUUCUGAAAUAUUAUCCCUUAAUGAGGUAUCUGACUUCAUGGUGAUAAACCUCUCAGUCCAAGGGCAUCUAGUAGACUAGUGAACCAAAUACUUGAAGCUUUUCCAGCUUGGUAGGAUCUGCCAGAUUGAAACUCUGCUUUCAGAUCUUUCUAGAUCCAAGGGCUAACUAUACCCCCAGAUGAGGCAUAGUCAAGCAUGCAAGUAUCAAAAAAUUACUAAGUAUUUACUAUGUACCAUUCACUGUGUUAAGCACAGGAAAGAGUUAAAAUGGGGGGAGGGGGAAUUCUCUGUCCUCAAGGAGUUUAUGUUGCUGUUAGAACAGAAUAAAAUAGAAUAUUCAAAAAUAUUUUAGAAAAUUAUGUCAUCUGAUUUCACUGUGGAAAGGAGGAGUUUGGGACGAUAUAAUUUAAUUUGGCCACAUUUGGUGACAUAAUAGAUAGUCUGUACUAGGGCCACCAAAAUUUUGGAUGUCAAUAAAGCACAUUAUUCUACUUUUUAAAAAGUAUUUUAAUUAGUUUCUAUCUCAUUAAAGAAAGUUUGGGGGCAUCUUUAUUUAUUACUAAUGAAUUAUCCCUAUUCAUCUUUACUUACAAAGUCUCCUGAUUACCAGAAGGUCAGAUGACUAACUUUAUUUAUAUUACAAAUUUAACAUUCUCCAUAGAUCAUACAAGGUGACAAGCUCCAGAAAGAACAAGAGAGUAGUUUUUUUUGAUUAUAUAAUAUAAUAAUUAAUGAAUUGAUGUAUCUAAAGAAAA